GCGGUCCCGCCUCUCCCCCCGCGGCGCGACUUCCGUCCGGUUUCCAGGGCAACGAGUACACAGAGUGUGGCCGUGCGCGGGUGCGCAGCCUGUUGUGUCGCUGCCGCCAUGAGCCAGCGGCAGAUCCUGCAAGUUUUCGAGCAGUACCAGCGCGCCCGGACGCAGUUCGUGCAGGCGGUGGCUGAGUUCGCCGCCCGGCCGCAGAACAUCGACACCCUCCAAAAUGCAGGUGUAAUGACUUUGCUGAGACCUCUUUUGCUGGAUGUCAUCCCAAAUAUUCAACAGACUGCUGCUUUGGCUCUUGGGAGACUUGCCAAUUAUAACGAUGCCCUGGCAGAGGCAGUUGUGAAGGGAGGCAUUCUUCCACAGCUCCUGUGUUCGUUGUCUGAACAGAAUCGUUUCUACAAGAAAGCAGCUGCCUUUGUGCUAAGAGCAGUUGGUAAACAUUCUCCACAGCUAGCUCAGUCAGUAGUUCAGUGUGGAGCUUUGGAAAUGCUUGUGAUUUGCUUGGAAGAUUUUGACCCUGGAGUCAAAGAAGCUGCAUCUUGGGCACUUGGGUAUAUUGCCCGACACAAUUCAGAACUGUCGCAAGCUGUGGUGGAUGCAGGCGCUAUUCCUCUUUUAGUGCUCUGUAUCCAGGAGCCAGAAAUUGCUUUGAAAAGGAUUGCUGCUUCAACUCUCAGUGAUAUUUCAAAGCAUUCUCCAGAGUUAGCACAGACAGUAGUGGAUGCAGGAGCUAUCGCUCACUUAGCUCAGCUGAUCCUGAACCCUGAUGCUAAACUUAAGCGUCAGGUGCUGUCAGCUCUAAGCCAGAUAGCAAAGCAUUCAGUGGAACUUGCAGAGUUGGUGGUUGAAGCAGAAAUUUUCCCAGUUGUGCUCACAUGCCUGAAGGACUCAGAUGAAUGUGUCAAGAAAAAUGGUGCAACUUUAAUUAGAGAGAUAGUAAAGCACACGCCUGAGCUUUCACAGCUUAUAGUAAAUGCAGGUGGAGUUGCCGCUGUGAUUGAUUGUAUUGGCAGCAGCAGAGGGACUGUCAGGCUGCCUGGCAUCAUGAUGCUUGGUUAUGUAGCAGCUCAUUCGGAGAACCUGUCAAUGGCAGUGAUUGUCUCCAAGGGAAUACCACCACUGUGUGUCUGCUUGAUAGAAGAACAAGAAGAUCAUAUUAAGGCAGCAGCUGCCUGGGCCUUGGGACAGAUUGGAAGACAUACUCCUGAGCAUGCAUGUGCUGUUGCAGUAGCAAAUGUGCUACCCAUACUGCUUUCUAUAUAUACAGACGCACACAGUUCAGAAGAUCUUCAAAUAAAAGCUAAAAGAGCCUUAAAGAACAUCCUUCAGAAAUGCACGUAUCUUCCAGCACUUGAACAAUUGCUGCAUGAUGCUCCUCCCAAUAUUAUAAAACAUAUUGUUGGACAGUUUAGUAAGGUGUUACCACAUGACAGUAAAGCACGUCGUCUCUUUGUAACAAGUGGUGGACUUAAAAAGGUUCAAGAAAUAAAAGCAGAACCUGGGUCACUUCUUCAGGAAUAUAUCAACACUAUUAACAAUUGCUAUCCAGAGGAAAUAGUAAGGUAUUGCUCCCCUGGAUAUUCUGAGAUACUUCUGGAAAGGUUGGAAAACUACCAUCCAGUUUUAUAAACUUCAAUUUUUUUAUUAGAGCUGUAUUUCACAUCUAUGCCUUUAUGACUAAUACAAAUACAGCUGUUGAAACUGCUCA